UACAACUAAAGAGAACAAUGAUGAAUGCAGAUUACAUGGGUCCUGUGAAAUAUUCGCUGAACGCAGCCUUGAAGGAAUUAAGAUAUUCAAAAGGCCAGCAACACUGGUUUUGCGGUGGCGAAAGAAGUAUAGCGCUUGCAGUCCAAUUAAUAAAAAGCCAGAAAAUUAUAGCCGUUCCUACGGAUACAAUUUAUGGAUUAACAGGACUCGCUCAGGAUUCUUUGGCGAUUGAGAAGCUCUAUGCAAUAAAACGCAGGGAUCACAACAAACCCUUGGCUAUCUUUGUCGGCUCGGUUUCAGAAAUUGGAAACUGGGGUGAGGCCUCACACUUGCCAGAAGGUCUACUCGAAAAAUUACUGCCUGGUCCUGUCACCGUUGUUUUGAAACGGACACCCAAUUUAAAUCCGGAACUGAAUCCGGGCAUUCCAACUGUCGGUAUUCGAAUUCCCGAUACAGACUUUUUGCGGCAUGUUGUUAAAAUAGUUGGAGAGCCUUUAGCACUCACUAGUGCUAAUGAAAGUAACAGUCUAAGUACUCUACACCCGGAUGAGUUUGAAAGUUUGUGGCCUCUUCUGGGGGGAAUUUUUUACGAUAAUCCAAACAAGGCAGUUUUAAGGGACAAAAACAGAUUGGGAUCAACUAUCAUUGAUUUAACUGAACCAGGAUUGUAUAAAGUUAUUCGACCAGGGAUGGCUUCCAUUCCGACUAAUGGAUUGUUACAGCAGUCUGGGUUGAGGAGAAUUAAAGAUAGGAAAGAAAGGAAAGUUGAUAUCAAAGAAAAAGUCGCACUUUGAUCGAUUAUCGUAAAAAAAACCUGAUUAUUAGAUAUGAUUAUCUAGAUUCCUGAAUUUAGGUUGCCAACCUAAUAGUUGAUAAUGGGGUUUUCUAGACUUUUUCAUUUUUUCAUGUACGAGUUCUGAAAAUAAAUGUAUAUAAAGUGA